AUGCCAUGUCUCUCUGCAGGUGAGGACUCCAUCAGCACCCUGGGCCUGAUCCUCGGUGUGGGACUAUCGCUGCUGCUUGUGUCCAUCUUGGGCUACAGCCUGGCCAGGUGGUACCAGAGUGGGUACUGCUGGGAUGGGCCUAAUUUUGUCUUCAACUUGUACCAAAUCCGGAACUUGAAGGAGCUGGAGAUGGGUCCACCCUUCACCAUCAGUGGCCACAUCAGUAGUCCAGAUGGCGGCUACAUGAAGUUCUCCAAUAGUCUAGUCUGAUGGACGGAGCAUCAACAUUUUGGAACCCAGGAGAGGAGCAGCCUCCUGACUCAGCACCUCCCCUCCUGGGCUCCGCUGGGCUGCUUUCAUCUUCCUUGGUUUUCAAGGCCUGACCUGGCCCCUUAUUGUGGACAAUGAGGAGUUGUCUCUG